GCAGUGAAGCAGACUCUACAGCCUACAAAGAGGCUGCCAGGCUGCGCUCGGUGAGUGACCAUGUUUAAACAAGCGUGAAGAAUGAAUUACUCUGUCUGGACGAGAGAAGUUGGAUUUCAUCUGCGCUCUAGUUGCUGGAAACUUGCUGCAGAGAGAAGCAAACUUAGUUUAACUUUUCUUCAGGCGCUGGCUUGUUAAAGCUCCUGGAUUAUAACUGGACACUCCCCAAAAUUAAGGAUCCGGUGAAUGAAUAUUCCAGUAUAGGGGCUGAUCAGGCUGCCAGUGUCCACGAUGCCCUGAAUGUGGAGUCUAGCAGAAGCAGAGGAGAUCUUGGCCCUCUAAUACCCCCUCCCCUCCCCGAACCCCUCUAUUUUGGGUUGGCUUCUAUUUAUUUUGUGGCUAGGUUUGUGCACGGCCCUGGUCGGAUGUGACACUGCUGCAAUGUGGCUCCUUCGGCUCAAGCACCACUUGUCCGUUAAUAUCUGGACCCUUCUGCUUUUGGGGAGCGCCUGGUUACCACUGGCAGAGGGCACCCCCUUUAGGACUUUUUCUGUCACAGACUGGAGCUUGACACACCUGGUGGUCCACAACAAAACUGGAGAGGUCUACGUGGGCGCUGUCAACCGGAUCUACAAGCUCUCCAACAACCUGACGCUGUUGCGUGCCCAUGUGACAGGACCCGUGGAUGAUAAUGAGAAGUGCUAUCCGCCCCCUAGCGUCCAGUCCUGCCCCCAUGGGCUGGUCACCACCAACAAUGUCAACAAGUUGCUGCUGGUGGACUACUCAGGGAACCGGCUGAUUGCCUGUGGUAGUGCCUCCCAGGGCAUCUGCCAGUUCCUACGCUUGGACGACCUCUUCAAGCUGGGGGAACCCCACCACCGCAAGGAGCACUACCUCUCCAGUGUAAAUGAGUCAGGCACCAUGUCGGGUGUCAUCAUUGAGGUGCUUAACGGACAAAACAAGCUCUUCAUUGGGACGCCGAUCGAUGGGAAGUCUGAAUACUUCCCCACCCUCUCUAGCCGCAAGCUGAUGACCAACGAGGAGAAUGCGGAGAUGUUUGGCUUCGUCUACCAGGACGAGUUUGUCUCCUCCCAGCUCAAGAUCCCCUCAGACACGCUCUCCAAGUUCCCCACGUUUGACAUUUACUACAUCUAUAGCUUCAGCAGCGAGCAGUUCGUCUACUACCUGACGUUGCAGUUGGACACCCAGCUCACCUCGCCUGACUCCACAGGGGAGCAGUUCUUCACCUCCAAAAUCGUCCGCCUCUGUGUGGACGACCCCAAGUUCUACUCCUACGUGGAGUUCCCCAUUGGCUGCAUGCGGGAUGGCGUCGAGUACCGCCUGAUACAGGACGCGUACCUCAGCAAGCCUGGCAAGGUGCUUGCCAAGCAGCUGGGCAUCUCAGAGCAGGAAGACAUCCUCUUCACUGUUUUCUCCCAGGGCCAGAAGAACAGGGUCAAGCCACCCAAAGAGUCCGUCCUCUGCCUCUUCACUUUGAAAAAGAUAAAAGACAAAAUCAAGGAGCGCAUUCAGUCUUGUUACCGAGGGGAGGGAAAGCUGUCACUGCCCUGGCUAUUGAACAAGGAAUUGGGUUGCAUCAAUUCACCUCUGCAGAUUGAUGACUAUUUCUGUGGCCAGGAUUUUAACCAGCCGCUGGGCGGGACGGUGACCAUCGAGGGGACAGCGCUCUUUGUGGAUAAGGAGGAUGGCAUGACCUCAGUGGCUGCCUAUGACUACCGGGGACACACGGUGGUCUUCACCGGCACGCGGAGUGGCAGGAUCAAAAAGAUCCUGGUGGACUUGUCCAGUCCCAGCGGGCGGCUGGCGCUGCAGUAUGAGAACGUCGUGGCCCAUGAGGGCAGCUCCAUCCUGCGAGACCUGGUGCUCAGCCCCGACCGCCAGCACAUCUACGCUAUGACUGAGAAACAGGUGACACGAGUGCCUGUGGAGAGCUGUGAGCAAUACAAGAGCUGUGCGUUGUGCCUGGGAUCCAAGGACCCCCACUGUGGCUGGUGUGUCCUUCAUAACGUCUGCUCGCGGAAGGACCGAUGUGAGCGGGCUGAUGAGCCUCAGCGCUUUGCCUCAGACCUGCGCCAGUGCGUCCAGCUCACCGUCCAGCCCAAGAACAUAUCGGUCACUAUGUCUGAGGUCUCGCUGGUUCUGCAGGCCUGGAAUGUCCCAGAUCUCUCCGCUGGGGUAAACUGCUCCUUUGAAGAUUUCACGGAGUCCGAGAGCCGCAUUGAAGAUGGGAGGAUCUACUGUAGCUCUCCAUCUGCAAAGGAUGUGAUCCCCAUCACCAGGGGCAGGGGCGACAAGCGGGUGGUGAAGCUCUACUUGAAGUCCAAGGAGACUGGGAAGAAGUUUGCUGCUGUGGAUUUCAUUUUCUACAACUGCAGCGUCCAUCAGUCAUGCCUGUCCUGUGUGAAUGGCUCCUUCCCAUGCCACUGGUGUAAAUAUCGGCACAUCUGCACCCACAACGCUGCUGACUGCUCCUUCCAGGAGGGGCGUGUCAACAUGUCUGAGGACUGCCCACAGAUUCUGCCCUCCACCCAGAUCUACAUCCCUGUGGGCGUGGUGAAGCCCAUCACUCUGACAGCCAAGAACCUGCCACAGCCACAGUCUGGCCAGCGCAACUACGAAUGCAUCUUCCACAUCCCCGGCAGCGCCACCCGUGUCACAGCUCUGCGCUUCAACAGCACCAGCAUCCAGUGCCAGAACACCUCGUAUUUCUAUGAAGGGAAUGACAUCAGCGACCUGCCCGUGAACCUGUCCGUGGUGUGGAAUGGAAACUUUGUCAUCGACAACCCCCAGAACAUCCAGGCUCAUCUGUACAAGUGCUCGGCCCUGCGUGAAAGCUGUGGCCUCUGCCUCAAGGCAGAUCCGCGCUUCGAGUGUGGCUGGUGUGUGACGGAGAAGAGAUGCACCCUGCGGCAGCACUGCCCGGCCUACGAGAACAGCUGGAUGCACGCCAGCAAUGGCAACAGCCGCUGUACAGACCCCAAGAUCAUCAAGCUGUCGCCGGAGACAGGCCCCAGGCAGGGAGGGACCCGUCUGACCAUCACCGGGGAGAAUCUGGGCCUGAAGUUUGAGGAUGUGCGCAUGGGAGUGCGGGUCGGCAGAGUGAUGUGCACCCCCAUCGAGAGCGAGUACAUCAGCGCGGAGCAAAUUGUGUGUGAGAUCGGAGACGCCAGCACAGGCCGAGCCCACGAUGCACGUGUGGAGGUGUGCAUCAGGGACUGCUCCCCCAGCUACAGGGCCACAUCCCCGAAAAGCUUCACGUUUGUGACGCCCACUUUCUACCGUGUGACUCCGGCUUGGGGUCCCCUCUCUGGGGGCACCUGGAUUAGCAUUGAGGGUAACCAUCUCAAUGCAGGCAGUGAUGUCACAGUGACCAUCGGGGGACGACCUUGUGUCUUUUCAUGGAGGAACGCUCGGGAGAUUCGGUGCCGGACGCCACCAGGCCAGAGCCCUGGCGGGUCACCCAUCCUCAUCAACAUCAACCGGGCCGAGCUGAGUAACUCCGAGGUGAAGUACAAUUACACAGAGGACCCCACCAUCCAGAAGAUAGACCCAGAGUGGAGCAUCAACAGUGGUGGGACGUUGCUGACUGUGAUAGGCACCAACCUGGCCACUAUCAAAGAGCCUAGGAUCCGUGCCAAGUACGGCAGCGCUGAGAGGGAGAACAACUGUACUGUCUACAAUGACACCACCAUGCUGUGCUAUGCUCCAUCCAUCGACAACCCGUCUCGGAGCCCCCCGGAGAUCGGUGACCGCCCAGAUGAGAUUGGCUUUGUCAUGGAUAAUGUCCAGGCCCUGCUGAUUGUUAAUACCACCAGCUUCGUCUAUUAUCCGGACCCCGUCUUCGAGCCCCUCAGCCCCUCUGGCAUGCUGGAGCUCAAGCCCAGCUCUCCCCUUAUCCUCAAGGGCCGGAACCUGCUCCCGCCGGCUGCUGGUAACUCCCGGCUGAACUACACGGUGCUGAUUGGUGACACUCCCUGCGCCCUGACUGUCUCCGAGACUCAGCUCUUGUGCGAGUCGCCAAACCUCACAGGACAGCACAAAGUCACGAUCAAGGCUGGAGGGUUUGAGUUCUCCCCGGGGACGCUGCAGAUCUAUUCAGACAGCCUCCUGACACUGCCUGCCAUCAUCGGGAUCGGUGGCGGAGGCGGCCUCCUCUUGCUCAUCAUCAUCAUCGUCCUCAUCGCCUACAAGCGCAAGUCCCGGGAUGCCGACCGCACCCUGAAACGCCUGCAGCUGCAGAUGGACAACCUGGAGUCCCGCGUGGCCUUGGAGUGCAAGGAGGCCUUUGCUGAACUGCAGACAGACAUCCACGAGCUGACGAACGACUUAGACGGGGCUGGCAUCCCCUUCCUGGACUAUCGCACCUACGCCAUGAGGGUCCUCUUCCCCGGGAUAGAAGACCAUCCUGUGCUGAAGGAGAUGGAGGUCCAGGCGAAUGUGGAGAAGUCCUUGAGCCUCUUUGGGCAGCUCUUGAACAAGAAACAUUUCCUGCUGACCUUCAUCCGCACCUUGGAGGCGCAACGCAGCUUCUCCAUGCGGGACCGGGGCAACGUGGCUUCCCUGAUCAUGACAGCACUGCAGGGGGAGAUGGAGUAUGCCACCGGCGUGCUGAAGCAGCUCCUCUCAGACCUGAUCGAGAAGAAUCUGGAGAGUAAGAACCAUCCCAAGCUGCUUUUGCGGAGGACGGAGUCUGUGGCUGAGAAGAUGCUGACUAAUUGGUUCACGUUCCUCCUGUACAAGUUUUUAAAGGAGUGUGCUGGAGAGCCUCUCUUUAUGCUAUACUGUGCCAUCAAACAGCAGAUGGAAAAGGGACCCAUUGACGCCAUCACCGGAGAGGCCCGCUACUCACUGAGCGAAGACAAACUGAUCCGGCAGCAGAUUGACUACAAAAUGCUGACACUGAACUGCGUGAACCCUGAGAAUGAGAAUGCCCCCGAGAUUCCUGUCAAGGUUCUGAAUUGCGACACCAUCACACAAGUGAAGGAGAAGCUGCUAGAUGCCGUCUACAAGGGCGUGCCCUACUCCCAGAGACCCAAGGCAGGAGACAUGGACCUGGAGUGGCGGCAGGGCAGGAUGGCCCGAAUCAUUCUGCAGGAUGAAGACGUGACCACAAAGAUAGACAAUGAUUGGAAAAGGCUCAACACCCUCGCCCACUACCAGGUGACUGACGGCUCCUCUGUGGCACUGGUGCCCAAGCAGAACUCGGCAUACAACAUCUCCAACUCUUCCACCUUCACCAAGUCACUCAGCAGAUACGAGAGCAUGCUCCGGACAGCCAGCAGCCCCGACAGUCUACGUUCACGGACCCCCAUGAUCACGCCCGACCUAGAGAGUGGUACCAAGCUUUGGCACCUAGUGAAGAAUCAUGACCACAUGGACCAGCGGGAGGGAGACCGGGGCAGCAAGAUGGUGUCCGAGAUCUAUCUGACCCGUCUGCUGGCUACCAAGGGCACCUUGCAGAAGUUCGUCGAUGACCUGUUUGAGACCAUCUUCAGCACAGCACACCGUGGGAGCGCCCUGCCCCUGGCCAUCAAGUACAUGUUCGACUUUCUGGACGAACAAGCCGACAAACAUCAGAUCAACGAUUAUGACGUCAGGCACACCUGGAAGAGUAACUGUCUACCUCUGCGUUUUUGGGUGAAUGUGAUUAAGAACCCCCAGUUUGUGUUUGACAUUCACAAGAACAGUAUUACUGAUGCUUGCCUAUCCGUGGUGGCUCAGACAUUCAUGGACUCCUGCUCAACUUCUGAGCACAAGCUAGGGAAAGACUCUCCCUCCAACAAACUACUGUAUGCCAAGGACAUCCCCAACUAUAAGAGCUGGGUAGAAAGAUAUUAUGCAGAUAUUGCUAAAAUGCCAGCAAUCAGUGACCAGGACAUGAGUGCAUACCUGGCGGAGCAGUCCCGGUUACACCUGAGCCAGUUCAACAGCAUGAGCGCGCUGCACGAGAUCUACUCAUACAUCACCAAGUACAAGGAUGAGAUUUUAGCUGCUUUAGAGAAGGAUGAACAGGCCAGGAGGCAACGGCUGAGGAGUAAGCUGGAGCAGGCAAUUGACACAAUGGCCCUAAGCAGCUGAAAAGGCUGAGGCAGCCCUGACAGCUUUCCAGCAGUGGAUACUACAAGAGAGAGGCCAGCAAGCGGCAGCAGCAGAGUACUUUGGGUCCAGAGCCAAAUGGACACACGGAGCCCACCGUGUCCCGAAACUCUUAACACAAACGAACAAGAAAACCUACCACCGUAUCACACCCAAUCCAAUCAGACCUAUUCAGAGACCUUGCAAAAGGGACAGUGUGGGCAGGAGUGCAAAGGAGCCGAGAAGAACUGCAGAGAGCUUGCAGCACACCCAGCACAGCUGCUCCGGCAGGGGACAUGUCCUCGAUCUGGCGAUGGAGGCUGGAGGGUCGGGGACUGCACUAACUUCUAGGGCAACAUGUCUGAUGUUGUUGUUUUUAGCGCAGGGAGGGUGAGCGGGGAUUUCAUUUUUUUCUGUACUUGACUCGCUCCCCCUUCCUCCCCACCUGCCUCCCAGCUCUCUGCCCAUAUCCCUUCCCCCUGCUCUCUCUCUCUCCCCUCCCCACCCCAGCUCUCUGCCCUUCUGCCAUUAGUGUUAACUGCUAUAUUUGCACAAUUUACAAGAGAGAAACAAAAAAAUGUAAUUAAAACAAAGUAUAACACAAACGGGGAGGGGAAGGGAGGUUCUAAAUUUUGCAACAAACUAACAAAAAAAAGGAGGAUUUAAAAAAAUCACUCAAAGGACAGAUUCUGGGAGGAGAAGGGUGAGGAUGGGCAGGGAGUGGGAGACAAGUCCCAGAACCUUGGGGUAGUCCAUAAAAUUUGUCCUGGGCCAUGUUUGAUUUGAAUGUUGUUUAGUGCAGAAGGCAAAACAGGAACUUUUGUUAGCUGAAUCAGCUCUAAUUUACAUGCUGCUUAAGUGGUGUCCGAAGGUCACAAUCCAAGAGGAGGAAGAACAGAGAGGGGUGACGAUCUUCGGGGCCUUUUCCCAGGGAUGGGCCGGUGCUGUGAAUCAGGCGGGGGAGUGGCGUGGUGUCAACUUCAUCCUUGUUUUUAUUUGCAUGUUGCUAUUUCUGCGUGGGACAGGACAACGCAGAUGAAGGAGGAGAAUCGUUGAGCUCUUUAUAGCUAGAGCAUGUGCUCCAUCCUCUCUUGUGAAAGGGGAGUUUCUGGGCAGCAUUCCCUGGUGGCAGUCGGUGCUGUGAGGGGUGUCUGGGCCAUGGAGAAGCCCUCAGGGACCUUUCAAGCUGGGAAGCUGUUGAAAACAGACCUUUCAAAUUGGCAUUUCCAUGACUCCAAGUGCAGCUAGAUGACUGUAGUGGGGAGGUUGAUGUUCUGGGAGCUUGAGCUUGCACUACAUCCAAGUGGAUUAGGAGCAAAGAGCUUUCCGACCCGAACGGGGAGCGGAAAGGCAGUGUCAGCGUGGGGCUUUAGCAUCCUGUCUUUGCCUAAUUUGAGAAAUUUCCUUCUGACGCCCCCUAACGGCCUAAGGUGCUGAGCAUCUCAGCACAUUUGCAGCUCUUGGUGUCCUUUAAAGCAGCCCGAAUGAAGCCACUGAUGGCAGCUGGCUCACACUCCAGCCAGGCUCCGAAACCUCUACAAUCCCAGGGUUCUCCCAGCACUACCAGGCAGGCUCCUGUAUUUAAAGCAGUUGGAGACAGUAGUGCGGGGAGCUGUCAGCCUGCCACUCUGCUGUAACUGAGCCAUAACCCGCUGCAGCCUCGCAGUCCAAUUACAAGCAUUUUUGUUUGGAGCUACAUCAGUGGAUUUGUUUCAGGUUAGGCCUAACCGAUCCCAGAAAGGGGAAGAGGGUGGGGGUGUGAGGGUGGCCCUGGAAUUUUGACUGCAAUGGUGAAACCUUUUUUCUCUGUCCUCUUUUUGUGCUGGUGUAAGGGAAGGGCCUGGGUCACCCAGGGAAAUGGUUUAGGUCCUUAUUUCUCUGCAGAAAUCUGUCACAGACCAAUGAUGCCAUAUAAGGCAUUUCUCUGUAGCUGCACUGGUUCCGGAGGGAUGUAUGGGCUGUAACCUUGGAUGGAAGGAAAGCAGAAAAAGAAAAGGUCCACCCUUGUGUGUGGUCGGUUACAGGCUAAGAGGGCAAACCCCGAGUGGUGAUUGCCGUAGCUCUCCAGAUGUGAAUUCCCCGCAUACUCGGCUGUCUCAGAUCCCUGCUGCUACUGUGUACGCGGUCAGGAGCUGUUGGCACAAAAGGUUGGAGAGGGUUCUGUAAACUAAGCUGUUCAAUGAGUUUGCCAUUACUGGUUUAACAAAACAGGGAGCAGGCACCACUCACCCUGCUGUCCCCAAGCCCCAGGAGCAAGUGUGUGUGCGUGGCGUGUCUGUGCACAGCUCACACAGUGGUGAUGCUAGUUAUCCAGAUAGUUAUGUGCUCAAGUACCAGGGUGAAGGGCGCAAUAGAAAACCCUCUGAUAGAUCAUCAGGAGACAGUGCGAAAGGGAAGGUAGGAGGGACUGGGGGGUUUCUGCUGUGGCUGCCAUGUUGUGCUGUAUUUUGGUGGUGCUACACGUAGUUCAUACCUCCGCUGUGUGUGUACACAUACAACCACCGAGCUCCUGUAUGUCCCACCAGAGCCCUCGCAUGGCAUUGUUCAGCCAUGGUUGGAAAGGGCCCUGGAAUUCCACAGGGCCGAUUUCCAGCCCUCUCCCUGGGGAACGAGUGUUUUACAAAGCACCUGAGAAUUCUCCUUUUAGCCUUCAUUAGCCCACUGAGAGCUAGGUGAGGAGCCAAAGCAUUCUGACUUGGCCUGCUCCCCACAUCCCAGGAAACCAAACCCAGGCUAGGAUCUCACUGGGUUUCUGCCCAGAAUGUACCUCUCUUUCCCCUCUCCUCACUCUUUCUUCCCCUCUCGCGCUCCCCCACCCCCCACUCUGUCUUUUUGGGUGAUUGUUGCAUUCUCUUAUUUCAGUGGAAAUCCAGGGAUCCAUCUCCUUUGGAAGCCUCUGCUUGGCAUGUCAGAUCCUCUUGGCUUUAUUAUUUAAAGAAACAAAGGUGCCGAGCCGCUGCCCAGACUCAGAGCAGGUGACCAAAACCUUCUAUAAACAUAGUUUUCUUUUGCAUACGGAACUGCUAAUCUACAUUGCUGCCUGGGCCAAGGAGAGGCCCCCACCAUGCCAGAGGUGGGCUACUGAAAAUUUAAAAGAUACCGGCUCAGUUUCUAUCCAUUUCCUUAGAUUGCAAGUAAGGGGCGGAGGGGGAAAAAUAAUGAAGUUUUUAAUUAAAAAAAAUAGUGUGUGUAUAUAUAUAUAUAUAUAUAUGUGGUUACAAUCUAAUUCUUGUGCCCCAGUGGGGUGCUGUAUAGUUAACUGAAGGAGAAACAAACCAAUAUUAAAUAUUAAAUGGAUUUACACAGCCAGUGGAAAAUACCAAAUGAUUUGGAAGAAAUUUCCAAGCAUUUCUCACCAAGCAGAACAAUCUUUUGAAGCCUGCACAUCUCUAAUUACGUUGGAAUUUUGUUUUUUGAAUUAAAGACGAGGAGAAGGAGAAGGUGAUUUUUUAAAAUAAAACAACAAAAACAAACGAAACAAAAAAAUUAAAAAAAAAAAGAUAAAAUAAAUACCCAACCCAACCUGAGCCAUCUCCGGAGUUGUGGGACCUGUGGGCUGUUGCAUGACUGUGCUAGAUUUUAGUCUGAGUUGAACUUUUUAAGGAACAAAAACAAAAAACUGCAAGUGUUGAAUACUAGAGGUUCGUUUAGACCUUUUCUUUUACAUUUUGGAAUUAAUUUGUCACUUUCUCAUCAAAGACAAAAAUUAAUUUGACUUCAACGGUUUAUUUCUCAAAAUGGUACUCAAAGACCCUUAAAGGACAGCUGUGUGCCAGCAGGCCCCCGAAAGAGGCAACAUCUGUUUCGCUUGCUCUUUUGGGAUCUCCUUCAGCAGUGGUGAGAGGGAAGGAAUCCUCAAGUGAAACUGGGCUGUGGGCCAUGAAACUUGGCUUUGUGGAUACUUUAGAAAAUGAAGGCCAGAUCCUCAGCUGGUGUAAAUGGGCAGAGCUUCAUUGAAAUCAGUGUUUUUUAAGAGAGACAAGGGCACGUUGAUCUAAAGGUUUUCCUGUUUCUCCUGCUGUGUAGCACUGGUUGAAACAUGUUCAAGGCCAGUGCCACCAACCUGGCUAGGAAUUUACACACAUCACCGUGGUAUCUUGGCCGCAAUAAUCCACGGUAGUGGGAAGGGCAUUUCUGUGGUGAGGCUGCUUUAUUAUCCUUAGCCCAAGAAUGACUUGAAGCAGUAACCAGUUAUUUUUAGAUCCUCCAACUACAUCAAGUAAGAGACGAUUUUAAUGUAGACAGUUUCUAGGCUGUAAUUACACUGCCCAUGGUUUUUAAUGAGGUAGAAGGUAUAUAUGGGUGUGUGCCCAAAGGCAUUCUGGACAUGGGUUUUGGUUUAGCUACGCUAGAGAGGAGGCGGAGGGGAACAGUGAAAUCUCAAUUCAGAUCUGGACCCAAAGUUGAGCUGCAGGCCUAUCUCGUGCAGAGAGGGACUCAGUUCAGAUCAGGAAGGCAGGAGGGUGCAGUUCAGCCUGCCUGCACUUCUACUGACCUUCCAGCCAUUGGGAGCGAGCUCCCCUGUGACCUCCUCCCUUCGUUGCUGUAGGGACCCAGCUCCUACCUACAUUUCUCCUUUCCAAUCAGUCUGCCUGAGUCAUUCAUCAUCAUCCCACUCUUGUGCUGACAAAUUGUGAGGUCACCAGCCCUAAUCAGUGGCCUCAAUGAAUCAGGCAGGAGGAGCCAGCUGAGAAGGAAGGGAGACUGUGGGUUUUAAAUAGCAGGAAAGAAGUAAGUGCAAGUCGACGCUGGUGUGUAAGAGGUGUAUAGCUUGACUGACAUGAGCAGCACAUCUGCCUGAGCUGGCAUGAGCCCCUCUGAUGGUGAUAAUGGAGCCCAGGAUUCCCUCUAGGGCAUUAACUCUGGUCCUGGGAAUAGGCACAGCUCCCAGGGCAGGGCAGCCACCUUUUCUUCCCCUUCCCCCCACUCAUCUUGGUGUGGCAUUUUUGGAAGGUGCUUUGGAAGUUCAUCAGUUUCUUCCACCAAAGAUCCAUCCCAGCACAUUCCCACCUUGGAGACAGUGGUCCCAUCGCUGCCAGGCCCAGCUGUUGGUGAGGUCAGACAGCAUCUCCAUGACUUGAGAGAUUCUUAAAAAAGGGACUUUUUUUUUAAUACUCUCCACUUUUGCUAAGUUGUCAGGUGCUACUUUUAGCCUUUCAUAUCUAACUCCCAGGAUCAUGCUCAGACUUCUGCCUGGUGCUCCAGAGCUCCCCCCCCGCCCCUGUUGCCCCCAGAACUGGGAUCUUUACUGUGGUAUUCAAACAGGAACCAUGGGAAUGGGAUGGUGGCAGCAAAAUGGAGACCUGCAGGCUUUGGCCAUGUAGGUUCUUCCAAAACAUCCUGCUGGGAAUGAAAACAGGGAGGGAAGUGCUUGCGAGAGCCCAUGCCUCCUCAUCUCUCAGCACUGAAGCCUGAGCCCUUGGACUUUGGGUAGAUCCUGGCUUUGCCCGAUGCUGGUGUCAGAAUAGACCACAAGGAUCAAUGCUGCAUUGGUCCAGGGUGGAAAUGACCAUGUGGCUGUUGCCAUAUUGGUUAUCUUCUGAUUUGGGACAAUAUUCACACAUUUCCUUUCAGUUCAGUUUUAGAUUUAAAAUGCAGCCAAGCCAUGGAAGUGCCCUUCUCUACCCUUCUAUCGAGAAUGAGCCCACUGCCUGCUCAGCAGCUGGCCAGCUCAUGGGAGCUGAGUGGCCUUGCUCUGGGAGAUAUAAGCAGAGCCGUGUUCUCUUUGAAGGAACCACAGUGCACAGUUAGCUGUCCUUUAAGAAUGUAGGGGGGAAACCAACAACAAAAGGCCGAGAACUUUAAUAGUAACAUACAGAGUCCUGAAAACUUUGUGAUUGUUUCAAACUUGAAGCAACUGUGCCAGUGUGGCUGGUCGACACCCUUCGACCGUGUAAAUAUCCUAUUUCCUAUUUUAAUGUUCUUCAGAUUUAGUACUUGUAAAUAAACACGCGCAUCAAGGAGAGAUUAAACAUUUUU